UCCGUUCCCACCCAACCAGCGGAGAAGAAAAGAGCAGGUGAGAGGAUGUUCGGAUGCUGCUUGCGUUACUAAACCGAUGAUAUUCAGCAAACAGAUACCUCAUGCACGGCGAAACGGGAGGUUAUUGGCGACAGGUAGCGAGAGCACGUCGUGACAGUUGGGUUUAUGCACGGUGGUCACUUUCCGGACUGUUUUAUUCUCCAUAGACAGCAGGCGUCGAGAGAGGGCAGUAAGUCAGUGUUGGAGGUCUGUCCUGACUGAAGAGGAGACCCACUACACACACAAUCACAUCAUCAGCUUUUAAAUACACACACAUUCAUCAUAAUGGGAGGUGUAUGAUGACUGAAGCUGCAGGGCUAUGGCCAGCGAACCCCUCGAAGGCUUCCAUGAGGUCAACUUGGCGUCACCCACCACCCCUGACCUCCACGGAUUGACCUCCGACACCAGACCCCAAUGUCACAGCUCCCCUUCCAGCGCCCUGUACCGUACACCCUCCCUCAGCUCCAGCCCCUGCCCCCCCAACGCCCUGCGAGCCGACCAGCUGCCCACCCAGCCCAUCUACUCUGCCCCUAGGCUACUGGGCAGCACAGAACCCCACAAUGGAAGCGUUCUGGGGUUGGAACCCCCUGUCCGGUCAGAGGCGGAGUCAGCAGAAGGGGUGUUCCUGUCUGGAGAGGAAGGGGAGGAGUCUCCGAGUCUGACCAAUGACAGCCUGUCCCGCCUCCGCAGCCCCUCAGUCAUGGAGAUCAGAGAGAAAGCCAAUGAGAGACUGAAGGAGGAGCUAGCCAAGGCACAGAGGGAUGUUAAGUUGAAAGACGAGGAGUGUGAAAGGCUUUCUAAAGUCAGGGACCAACUGGGCCAGGAACUGGAGGAGCUCACUGCUAGCCUGUUUGAGGAAGCUCACAAGAUGGUGCGUGAGGCCAACAUCAAACAGUCGACGGCUGAGAAGCAGCUGAAGGAAGCUCUGAACAAGAUUGAUGUGCUCCAGGCAGAGGUGUCUGCCCUGAAGACCUUGGUCCUGUCCACGUCCCCCACCUCCCCCUGUCACGACCUUCCUGGGGGCUCCAAGGCUCCCUUCAAGAAGGGUCAUGGCCGCAACAAGAGUACCAGCAGCGCCAUGCUGGGCAGCGGGCAGGAACUGAGCGGCACACAGCCCAUCGUACGAGACUGCAGAGAGCUGGACAGUCUCCUGUUUAGUGAGUUUAAGUUGUGGAAGGAGGAGCCCAGUCUGGAGAGGAACAGCUCCUUCCUGGAGAGAGUCUACAGAGAGGACAUCUACCCCUGUCUCACCUUCUCCAAGAGUGAGGUACACACCACACCUCACACACUCACACCUCACCUUCUCCAAGAGUGAGGUACACACCACACCACA